UCCUGUUGAAAGACGGCCUAACAGAUCCUUCAGGCAGACUUUCAUCUUGGGUGGGAGAAGAUUGCUGUAAAUGGGAAGGAGUAAGCUGCAACAAUGGAACUGGACAUGUUGUUGAGCUCAAACUUCGAAACUGCUUUCCAGAUGGUUUGGAUGGUCAUGGAACAGUCACGAGUUUAGGUGGUAAGAUCGAUCCUUCUUUGCCUGUUUUGAAAGAUUAAAAUUUCUUGGACAUGAGCAUGAAUGAUUUCGGAGGUUCCCAAAUUCCUUCUUUUAUUGGAUCACUACAGAACUUGAGAUAUCUCAACCUUUCUGGUGCAUGUUUUGUUGGAACUAUUCCUCCAAGUCUUGGAGAUCUUUCAAGAAUGUAUUAUCUAGAUCUCAACCACAACCAUUUCUUUCAGUCAUAUAAGAGUAGCAUAACAUGGCUUUCUGGUCUUUCUUCUUUAAAAUACCUUCACUUAGGAGGUUGGGACCUGACCAUAUCUGCAACAUAUUUGCUCCAAACUGUUAGUAGGAUCCCAUCGAUCCUGGAAUUGCACUUACCCAGCUGUCAACUUUCUGAUCGGCCUUUGACCCUUCCUUUUCUUAAUUUCACCUUUCUUUCCGUGCUUGAUCUCUCAAACAAUGGUUUCAAAUCCACAAUACCAGAUUGGUUGUUCAAUCUUAGAAGCCUAGUUAAGCUUGACCUCAGUAACAACCAUUUCCAUGGAGAAAUUCCUGAUGCAAUAUCUAAUCUAGCUUUUCUUGAAAGGCUUGACUUGUCAGGAAAUUCCAUUGGGGGUAAGUUAUCAAGAAACUUGGGAAAGUUAUGCAAUUUGCGCUCUAUGGAGCUUUAUGAUAAUAAAAUCUCUGGUGAAAUAGUUGAUUAUUUUGACAGUUUGUCUGAAUGCUUCAGUAACAGGUUGGAGACUUUGGAUUUGGGAGACAAUGGAGUAAUGGGAAAAUUGCCCGAUGCUUUGGGAUAUAUUAAGAGCUUAAGAUUCCUUCGACUGUCGAACAACUCUUUACAACGCUUACUUCCAUGCUCUAUUGGAAACUUAAAAUCUUUGCAAAAGAUUUUACUAGGAGAUAACCGGAUGAGUAUAAUACCAGAAAAUCUUGGACAACUUUCAAAGUUGGUUGUGUUGGAUAUCUCAAAGAGCAUAUGGGAAGGAAUCUUAACUGAAGCUUAUUUGAUGAACCUUUCUAGCUUGAAGGAGCUGGCAAUCAGUUGUGCUAACCAAUCUCCAAACAAUAUUUCUUUGGUUUUCAACAUUAGCUUUGACUGGAUACCUCCUUUUAAGCUCAAAUAUCUCUCCAUCAAGUCGUGCCAACUGGGUCCUAAAUUUCCCACAUGGCUUCAGAAUCAAGAUGAGCUGAGCACUUUGUCACUCAUCAAUGCCUCAAUUUCAGACACCAUUCCAAAUUGGUUUUGGCAAAUGGAUGUGAAACUAGAUAUGCUAGAUCUCUCUUAUAAUAACAUAGGUGGCAGAGUGCUCAGCUCAUUAAGUUUCAACAAACAUUCAUCUGUGUAUUUGCUUUCAAAUCAUUUUGAUGGCCUCUUCCCACUCUUGUCAUCAAACAUUACCACUUUGUAUUUGAGUAUUAAUCAGUUUUUGAGGCCAAUUCUCGAUGACAUUGGCGAAGCAAUGCCAUUGCUCUCCACUUUAGACAUCUCCUUUAACUCUCUAACUAGAAGCAUCCCCUUGUCUAUAGGAAAUUUGUCCAAAUUGACAGUCUUUGUUAUCUCCAACAAUAAAUUAUCUGGUCAAGUUCCUCUGGGAAAAUUUACCCUUCUUGGAGUUUAUAGACAUGUCAAAUAA